AACUUCCUCAAAGCUGCUCUGUAUCCCAGAGACCUAUAUCGAAGUGACGAGUGUGGUCGCCAUUCUCUGCCCGUCUAGGGUCGAAAUUUUAUGACGGGGUCAACGAAACGACACCGUAUAGCUCUCAAUUUGCAAAUCCCAGUUCUUUUCUUGCAUUUUGUUUCGUUACUUCGUUUUGGUUCAGUGAUCGGAGUCUCCUCAGUCCGCCGCCAAUUCGCUUCAUUCUGUCCAUCGCCAGACAAGACUAUGCCGCUGAAAUGGGUUUUGCAUUGGCAACCCAACGCGGGCUCAACCGUAAACAGCCAAAUCCUGAACGAGGUUUCACAGUGCGUCGAAAGCAUCAAUGGCGUCAAGGAAGGGAGAUGGAAAGCCACUCUAACCUACUACAGACCCGUGAUACGAGACCAGUCUUCAGCUUCUGAGUUUCCGCGUGAUUUUAUUGGCAUGUCGCUCCCUGAGCAGCCAAACAAGUAUUAUUUCAUAAUCCGGGUUCAGAGGCUUGUUCUGGAGGCAGAUUCGUCCAUUCAGAUGAUAAUGGAGAAGUUGCAGUCUUAUAAAUCGAGGGUCGCUCUUAAUUUUGAGGGUUUUCAGUACCAACUUGGAGAUUUCCAAUUGAGAGUGGGAAAAGUUGUGCCCACUCAUUCUGAAAAUCUGAGAGGAAUAGUUAUGGAGGUGGAGUAUCUUCCAAUUUCUUCUAUGGACAAAUCAAGGCAAGUCAUGGAAGAGUUUGUUGAUAUUUGGAAAGAUGCUGUCUCUAAAAGAUCAUUGCCAGGUUAUUUUAUGCAUUUAGAACCAAACUUCUCGGAGUAUGGCCUUGGAGACCAUUAUACCCCACAACACACAGCUGUUCAAUAUGCCUACGUCAUGGCUCAAUUAAUCGCAUCAGCACAAGCAGUGCAAGCAGGAAGAAACUAGGAAAUGCCAUCCACAGUGAGACAGAAAAUGACAGUUUCUUGUUGUCUUUUGUGAUUCAGCAGAAUCCCUUUGUUCGUAACAACAGUAGUAUUUUGGGUACCAUUCUCAUGAUCGUUUGAUUGUCAAUCUUUUCUAAAAUAAAUGCCUACGGUCUUGGGAAGGCAACGGCCGAGAAUGGGGUUUCCUGUCUCGUCUUGGCCCCCCCUAACUUCGGGAACAGAGACCCCUGCAGCAAAGUUUGUCAGGGGUAAAUUCUUCUCCCAUCCCUGGGAGUAUCUCUGUUUCCAUUAAUCACUUUCGCUUUCGAUAUCCUCUGAAAGUUCUAGGGAUUUCUGUAUUCUCUUUUGCUAAUAUAUGUGUGAAUCAGUCCAAACAGACAAAAGCCCCUAACAACAAUAUGAUCUAGGUGGAUUUUUUUUUUUUUUUUUGUUUAGUGGUCAAGGUGUUGCUAU